AUCAGGCAAGAUAAUACUGAGCAGCAGCACAGAAUCUGCAGGACAAAAUGAGCCUUUGCUUUAAAUAUCCAAGAGACACAUGGAGGUCCUUCCAUCGUCCCACUGCAGCAAGCAAAGCCAACACUGGGCAACCCUCUAAAAUGUUUAUUUGGACCAGUGGCCGGAGCUCUACAUCUUACAGACAUGACGAGAAAAGGGAUCACGAUCUACUGGACAAAAGGAAAACAGUCACAGCCCUAAAAGCUGGAGAAGACCGGGCCAUACUCCUCGGGCUGGCCAUGAUGGUGUGCUCUAUCAUGAUGUACUUUCUCCUGGGAAUCACUCUGCUUCGGUCUUACAUGCAAAGUGUCUGGACAGAAGAGGCUCAGUGCUCGCUUCUCAAUGCAUCCAUCACAGAAACCUUCAACUGCUCAUUUAGCUGUGGCCCAGACUGCUGGAAAAUCUCUCAGUAUCCCUGCCUCCAGGUGUAUGUUAAUCUCACCUCUUCUGGCCAGAAGCUUCUACUCUACCACACUGAGGAGACAAUGAAAAUUAAUUCUGAGUGUUCGUACAUACCCAAGUGCGGCAAGAAUUAUGAGGAAUCCAUGUCGCUUGUGAACGUCGUGAUGGAAAACUUCAGAAAGUACCAACGCUUCUCCUGCUUCUACGACCCCGAAGGUGUUCAGAAGAAUGUGAUAUUAACCAAACUGUACAGCUCCAACGUGCUGUUCCACUCCCUCUUCUGGCCCACCUGCAUGAUGAUCGGCGGGGUCGUCAUCGUCGCAAUGGUAAAGCUGACUCAAUACCUUUCCCUCCUCUGUGAAAGAAUCCAAAGGAUCAAUAGAUAAAAAUGAAAACUUCUCUAAGAUUCAAUUACAGUGAAAAUACUGUUUUCUCAUUCUUCACCAAAGAACCUUAAGUUUGUAAUGUGCAAGUCUGUUAUAAGUUCCUGACUAUAUUCUUAUAAGUAGAGCAAUAAUGCAAAAGCUGUUCUAUAUGCAAACAUGAUGUCAUCGUUAUGCAGACAACUGAAAAAAAUUACUGUUUUGUGUUGACCGUCUAUAUGAUCUUGUUUUAUGCUGAGACUAGUACUUCUUUCUUUUCUACGGCCAAAAUAGGGCUCAGCAUGACCAUUUGCCAAGCUUAGUCAAUUGACAUUUUCAAUGUAAAGGAUUCUGGGGAAAAUUCACUGCUGGACAAAGGGCAGCCAACCACUUGCACAUCACUGAGGUCUUACAUCUGACUCGGUCCAUUCAAUGGAUUUGUGGCUUUCCUUUUUGAUAAAGUUCUUUUACAGUAAGAUGGCACAAAAGGGAUGCAUUUUGAGGCCAGGAUAAGCAUAUAGUAUUUUCAGCCUCAGUAGGACUCAGUGAUGCUUUGUGUUUGCUCCCCCAGUUCAGAAGUCAAUCUUGCCCUAUGGUGUUUAAGGUCUUUUCGGAAACACUUUGGAGUUUUGUUUUAUUUAGUGCUAUAAUUUCCUUCUGUUUUAUCAACAUCAUCUUUGUCACUUGCAGAAGUUGUAGCCAAAAAAAAAAAAAAAAUCACCUUGUUCCAUUUUCUACUCCAGUCUGAGCCCUAUUGAUGGAGAUGGGACCAGAACUCCUUAUGUAAAGGUUUAUUACUCAUUUGUCUUGUAUUUGCUACCAUAUCACUGUAAAGGAAAAAAAAUAACACAAUCUGCUAUUUUUUCAUUUUUUACUUCCAACAAUUUUAGAUUUUUUUACUUGAUAUAUAUACAGAUAUAUAUAUAAAGAAAAAGCUAUAUUAUAUCUAGUUGUGUAUUGAAACUUGAUUAUGGGGUUUUUUUCUUUGUUUUUACCCACUGGAAAGUGAACAGUAUAACUCAUGUAUUUAUAACCCUAAUCCUUGGAUAAUAUCGUAACAUGGGGGAGCAGCACUGCAGGAUCUUAUCCAAUAUUCAUGACGUUGUUUCAGUCAAAGGUCUCUGUUGCUGUGACAUCGGAAUUGACAAAAAUCUCAUCCAAUUCUGUGGCUCUGUUAACUGAAUUGUUACAUAAUCAUCACAAUACAUCUGAAAACCUCCCCUGACCUUAACGCAGU